GCAUGCUCUUCAAGUCUACAAACAAAAGUUGCAAGAGAUCGAUACUCAUCAUCAGAACUGUAAAAGACCUCAUCACCGCGGGGCCAAAGUCAUCCCUUCUCCUCCAGUCUGCGCGGCCAGAGGUCUCAAUAUGGGCCCGGGUAGAGAGAUGACGAAGACUCCGCCGAUCAUCCGCGGAUCACCGGUGCUGCUGCCGCUGCUGCUGGUGGUGCUCACAGGGGUUUACAUUGACGGGUACAAGCCUGUCAUCAUCAUGCAUGGCAUUUUUGAUUCACCAAAGCAGUUCAAAACGAUGUCUCUUUUCAUAAGCAAGGUGCACCCAGGCACAGAGGUGACGGUGAUUGACUUGUACAAUAACCUGGACAGUCUGAAGCCGCUGUGGAAGCAGGUUCAAGGCAUCAGGAAAGUCUUUGACUCCAUCGUGCAGAAGGCCCCUGAUGGCGUCCAUCUUCUUUGCUUCUCACAAGGUGGUCUUAUUUGUCGAGCACUUCUCUCCAUGGCUCCAAACCACAAUGUUGACACCUUCAUUUCACUGUCAUCACCACUCGCCGGGCAGUACGGAGACACAGAAUACCUGAGGUGGGUUUUUCCUAACUGGAUAAAAACGACACUGUUUCAUAUUUGCUACAACAGAGUGGGACAGAAAGUUUCUAUCUGCGACUACUGGAACGACCCUCACCAUCAGUACCGCUACCUGCAGGGCAACAGCUUUCUGCCUAAGCUCAAUGGUGACAGUCUUCAUGACGACAUGAAAGAGUGGAGGAAAAACUUCCUGCGGAUCAAGAAGCUUGUGCUGAUUGGAGGACCAGACGAUGGCGUCAUAACACCGUGGCAGUCCAGCCAGUUUGGAUUCUAUGACAGCAACGAAAACAUUGUAGAAAUGAGGAACCAGGAGUUUUACAAGAACGAUACGUUUGGGCUGAAGACGCUGGACGCUCGUGGGGAUGUGUCGACGUGUGUCCACUCUGGAGUGAAGCAUACCAGCUGGCACUCCAACAACACAGUGUUCAGGAGCUGCAUAGAGAAGUGGCUCACAUGAGAACAAACUUAUAUCUCAACAAACUUAUAUCAUUAUAUGGUUUUAUACAAGACAGUGACCAUAUAAACAUAGAGGUAACAAAAAUCAUAUUAAAAUAUCAGCAACUAUAGUCUUUUUCAAAGCUUUCCUUUGUGACAGUGCGGGUGGGGGUGUCUUAAUACUGUAGUUUUUAAUAUACAUCACAAUAUACAUUAAAUAUGCCAAAUUUUGAGGCCUUUUGCUUGUAAAGAUUCCUGACACGGAAAAUUCCAGGUUCAUUGUCUGAUGGUAUUUUAUGGCUUGUCAGACAAAAGUUAAUAGUCUGAAGUGACACAGUGAGCCAUGCUCUGUGUCAGCACAUUAGCAAUGACCAAUCAGCUGUCGCCCUCUGGUGGAAGCUUCUGGUACUGUGGAAGUCUUGCAAAGGAUCCAAAGACUGAUCUGCCCUGCACUCCUUGGGAUGAAACUCUCAGAUGUGAUGGAGAGUUUUGUCACACAGAGAGCAGAUUAUAAUUAUGUUUAUGUCUCAUGUAGCUUGGUUUUUAUUGACCUUUUAAAGGGGAGCACCACCAAAAUUAAGAAUUCCAAUAUGUUAUUUCCAUGACCCAGAAAAGUUCAAUUGACAUUUGUGAACAUGAGCUGCUCUCUCUCAAAACCAGAAACCAGAGAAGUCUCACACACAAGUCUGGGGCUGCUCCAUAGACGUGAAUGGGAGCAUGCUUUUGUGGAUCCCGUCUUUUAUUAGCUGUCUUCUACAGUAGUGUUCUCGGUUCUGAAACAAAAAAUGUUCCCAUACACUCAGAACAUUCCCCUGGAUGCUCUGAGUGUCAUCUAAUAUCUCUCACCAUUCACUGUCUAUGGAGCAGCUACAGACUUAAUACUAAUGAUGUCACAAAUUUGAGUUUUAGCAGUCUAGUUCUUGGAUUUGAGAGACAGAUGCUCAUGUUGACCACAGCAAUAACAUGUAUGGAUUUUUAAAAUGGCGUAGUUGUCCUUUAAGGAUAUUUAAAAUGUUUAUAUCUGUGUUCAAAUAUUGAGCACAAGCUUGGAAACACCUGUCUCUAAAUUAUUAUCUGUACAUGUUUGUUUAUUUUCCCAUACUGUCAGACAUUUGUGGUUAUCUUUUUAAAGUGUAAACAUCCAAGUUGUGAUGUGAAGUGUAAUACUAUGAAGUGUGUGUUUUUUCUGUGCUCUUUCUGACCCUGGCGAAGACACGUGGUGUUGAAACAUUAGUCUAUUUGCAUAAUUAAAAGUUGUGAAUUGAUUAGUA